AUGCCUCUGACCAAGCUACAGGGAGUAAAGCUCCCCGCUUCGGCCGACUUCCAUGUCCAUCUUCGGGAUGGUCCAAUGAUGGAGCUGGUGACUCCCACCAUCCGACAGGGUGGUGUUAACACGGUAUUCGUUAUGCCCAACCUCGUGCCUCCCAUCACGACUGUCGACCGUGCCCUAGAAUACAAGCAGCGCUUGCAAGCACUCGAGCCGAAUGUCAACUUCCUUAUGUCGCUGUACCUCCACGAGACUGUCACCCCCGAGACCAUCAUUGAAGCAAAGAAGCGCGGCAUCACCGGUGUCAAAAGUUACCCGGCCGGUGUGACGACUAACUCUUCCUCGGGCGUGGUCGACUACACGCAGUUCUACCCCGUCUUCGCCGAGAUGGAGCGUCAAAACAUGAUCCUGAACUUGCACGGAGAAAGUCCAUCCGGAGGCGACGUGACCGUGUUGUCCGCCGAGGAGCGGUUCCUCCCAAAGCUCUUCGAGCUGCAUGAGAAGUUCCCCAAGCUGCGCAUUAUCCUGGAGCACUGCACCACUGCCGCGGCCGUGGAGGCAGUCAAAAAGUGCGGCCCCACAGUCUCCGGCACAAUCACAGCUCACCACCUGUCCAUUAUCAUCGACUCGUGGGCCGGCGACCCAUUCUGCUUCUGCAAGCCUGUUGCCAAGACUCCGGCCGACCGCGACGCCCUUCUCCGUGCUGCCGCUUCAGGUAACCCCAAGUUCUUCUUCGGUUCCGACAGCGCCCCCCACCCAGCCGCAUCCAAGCGUGGCGGCGAGAAGAUCGCUGCUGGUGUCUUCACUCAGCCCUACACCACCCAGGUUGUGGUUGAUGCCUUCGAGCAGGCUGUUGACAACGGUGUCCUCAGGGAAGAGGAUAUCACGCCGGAAAUCAUUGAGGGUUUCAUGAGCAAGUUCGGACGCGCCUUCUACGGCCUUCCGGAGGAGCAGAAUGAAUUCAUCACCAUCGAACGCAAGGGUGAGAAGAUUUCGGAAAUCCUUCAGUCAGAUAAGACCGACGUGGUCCCCUUCAGAAAGACCCAGGAGACCUGGAGUGUCUCUUGGUCUUGA